AUGACAGCGAAAGAGGCGGCGGGUAUGGAUCCUAUGAAGAGAUUACUUCUCGAAGUGAGUUAUGAGGGAUUUGAGAAUGGCGAGACCAAUAUGGACGCCCUGAGGGAUGGAGACACAAUCCGCGCUGUAAUCCGCGGCACGGGCACCAACGCAGACGGAAAGACGCCUGGCAUCACACAACCAAGCUCAGAAGCGCAGGCGGAGCUGAUCAGGAGCACAUACGAGGCCGCAGGCUUGCCUUUCUCUGACACACAGUACUUUGAGGCCCAUGGGACUGGUACUCCUUUGGGAGACCCCAUUGAGCUAUCAGCAAUUGGCGCCACACUGGGCACUGGCAGAGACCCCGAGUCAGGGCCACUUUUUGUGGGCAGCAUCAAGGCAAACGUCGGCCAUACCGAGGGAUGCUCCGGGCUGGCUGGUGUUCUCAAGUCCAUCGUCUGUCUCGAAAAGGGCAUUCUCGUUCCCACAGCUGGCAUCGAGAAGGUAAACCCGAAACUGAGGCUCACAGAUUGGAACUUGGCCUUGCCUUCAGAAAACAUGUCCUGGCCCUCCAAAGGACAGCGCAGAAUCAGUGUCAACUCAUUUGGUUUUGGUGGUGCCAACGCCCACGUCAUCCUAGACGAUGCUCACAACUAUUUACGAAAUCGAGGUUUGCUGGGCAAUCACAAUACCACCACCUUGGAAGACGAUUCAUCAGAAUCUGGCAUCAGCAUGGGGUCUGAGUCCCCGAGACAAGAGUCGCACAAAAGGCUUUUCGCCUUCAGCACCAAAGACCAGACAGGAAUCGACCGCCUUGGCCCUCUCUUUAACGACUUCUUGUCAAACAAGGAAGCCACAUCAAACGCAAGAUUUCUCGGUGACCUUGCUUACACUCUCGCGGGCCGCCGCUCACAUUUUGAGUUCCGAAGCUUUGCUGUCGCAGAGUCCGUGUCAGACCUACAGACCCAGAUCGAGAAGGGCUUACCAAAGUCCAAACGCGCUUCCAAGCACGACAAUCCUAUCUUCGUCUUCACUGGCCAAGGAGCUCAGUGGCCUGCCAUGGGUAGAGAGCUUCUCAACAACUGCAUCUUCCGAACGAGCGUCCAUAAGUCGCAGGUCCUACUGGAGCACUACGGAUGCCCGUGGGAUUUGAUCGAUGAAUUGUCAAAAACUUCUGAUUCCAAUGUCGAUCUUCCUCAGUACAGCCAGGUACUGUGUACGGUUCUUCAGAUCGCGCUGGUGGACCUUGUGCGGGCCUGGGGGGUCAUCCCGAAAGCUGUUGUCGGUCACUCAAGUGGUGAAAUAGGCGCGGCCUACGCUGCCGGACUCAUCUCUCGCUGCAAUGCCGUUAAGGUGGCAUACCUGCGUGGAAUUUGUUCCGCCAAGGUUGCCGAUAUUGUGAGCCCUCGAGUCGGCGCCAUGCUAGCAGCCGGGCUGAGCGAAGUGGAGGCAGCCGCAUAUUUGGACCAAGUACCUCCAGAUUCGGCUGUGAUUGCAUGCGUCAACAGCCCUUCAAGCGUGACACUAUCUGGAGACCGCGAUUCCAUCUCUCAGUUGUGCGAGCUGAUAUCGGCUGAUGGCAAGUUUGCCAGAAUGCUUCGCGUCAAGACGGCUUAUCAUUCUCCUCACAUGAGCACUGUCGCCAAAGAGUAUGUUGACCGCAUGGGAGUGAUUUUGCCACUUACGGACGAAGAUCAAGUUGCGCCCAUGUUCUCAUCUCUCACUGGCAACCUCGUCAGCUCUAGAGACCUCGACGGCUCCUACUGGAUGAAGAAUAUGUGCGAACAAGUCCGCUUUUCGCAGGCCAUGGGCAAUCUGUUGGAACAUUCACCUGACGCCUCCAAGGGACGAAGUCGUAAUCGCACGGCAUGGAGCGCCUUCAUCGAGAUUGGUCCCCACGGCGCGCUGCAAAGCCCCGUUGGCGAGAUUGUCAAAGCAAGCCACAGCAAGGCCGCGAAAGAGGCACCCUAUUUCUCUGCUAUCACGCGUGGAAAGAAUGCCGAGUCUACCUCUUUGCAACUCGCGGGACAGUUAUGGGCCUCUGGACACGCUGUGAACCUUCUUCAUGUCAACGGCAUCAUACCUGAAACUUUGCCAAUGGCUUUGUCAGAUCUCCCACCAUACCCAUGGAACCACAGCAAGAGCUACUGGCAUGAGUCGAUAGUGGCGCGUUCAAACAGGUUCCCUUCCGGCCCACGGACCGAUCUCCUUGGCGUUGCAGUCGAUUUGCAGAACCCAAUGGAGCCAAGGUGGCGGAACUACCUGCGAAUCUCGGAAAACCCCUGGAUUGAAGACCACAGGAUCACUGGAACCACACUUUACCCAGCAGCUGGUAUGAUCGUGAUGGUCAUGGAAGCUGCUCAACAACUGGCUGAUCCCGAAAGACGCCUCAGGGGAAUCACCUUUCAGAAUCUCAAGUUUGAGCGAGGUCUCGUCGUGCCUUCGAGAGAUCAAGCGGUUCAGACUGAAGUCAGUCUGCGCCCAGACGACUCGAUGCCCUCGACUUGGAGCUUCACUGUUUACUCCACAGUUUCGGUGGGAUCAUGGACUAAGAAUUGCUACGGAUCCCUUACGCUCGACUACGAGAACGAUACUCGCAACGGUCUUGGUCCUUCGGAGACAGAAUGGCGAGCCUUCGCUGUCGAGCGCCAAGACAUUGAGCAGACUGCGUCCGACGAACUUGACAUGGACUCUUUCUAUGAUGACCUAGAAUCUGUCGGCGUCGAGUAUGGCCCAACUUUCAGAAACGUCUUUCAAGCUGCAGCCGUGCCUGGAGAACACACUGCUUGCGGUUCUAUCGCAAUCCCUGACACCAAGUCGGUUAUGCCCUCCAAUUUCGAGUUCCCCCAUCUCAUCCACCCCGCCACUAUGGAUGCCAUCUUCCACCUCCUCUUCAUCGCCUUCACCGAUGGGAAGCCAUUGGAGGAAGCAGCAGUCCCGUACACGUUGAAGCACAUGUACGUCUCGACAAAUUUGCCUCGGGGUGACGGCAGUGUCUACACUGGCUAUGCCAAGCGCCUCGGAACCGACGGCCGCGAGACAUCUGGUGACUUGAUCGUAUCGGAUGAGGACUGGUCGGCGCCAAAGCUCAUAGUCCGCGACUUCGCCCUCAGACAGGUAACUUCAUCUAGAGAUGCAUCAUCUCUGACUAGCGAGUCUGCUCGAAGGGUAUGUGCCAAACUUCGCUGGAAAGAAGACUUCGACUUCAUUCGCGACCCGGUCGCACUGCAGGGUUCGCCUUCAGUUGCGGAUUUUGGAGAAGUGACGGCAGCUGUCUUGCAGCUAUUGGACCGACUGUAUCACAAAAGGCCCAACUACAAAGCGCUCAUCGUGGUUGCGGAUACAACCGACUGGGCUCAAAGGCUGCUGCAAAACCUACUUCACCCAUUCACUACUGCCACCGACGGAAAUGUCAAAUCAACCAACAAGCUCGCGUUAGCCACAACAACGAAGGACGCAAGCAAGAUCAUUAACUGUCUCCCCAAGUCUUCUCAGCAUGUUAUAAAUGCGCAAGAAUGGCCUGCUCAAGAUGACGAGCCACUCCCGUUCUCAGACGAGAGCUUCGACUUGCUACUUGUUCUCGACGACCCAUCCAAAAGCAUUCACAACUCAGCUGGCUUCCAUAGGCUCCAUGAAGCAUUGCAGCCGAAAGGCUAUCUUGGCGUGAUUGGGCCCAUCCUCGCGCCUGACUCAAGGGGAGAGACUGUGAAAGAUACGUCUGCUUCAGGCCUACAGACAAGGAUCGCCAUCUCAGAAGCAGAGUCAUGCCGUGCUCUUGCCCUCUCCCAGAAGUCUCCUGCAUCGAAGUCCACGACUGUUCCAGAACAUGUCUUCCUGCUACAUAGAGCUGGUCCGGCUCUGCCUCAGGAUCUGCAAGCCAUGUUGACGGCCCGACUCAACGCGCUCGGAUGCCAAGUCCAUCCAGUCACACUAGAGCAGGCCCAUGAUCUACGAGGAAAGCAUGUCAUAUCGCUUCUCGAGGUUGAAUCUCCAUUGGUGUACUCUUGGACCUCCGAGGAGUUCCUGCAGUUCAAGACAUUGGUCUCCAGUGCGAGUCACCUGUUUUGGGUGACCCGUGGUGGAGAACUGCAGAACUGGGAUGGCGGGCUCGAGUUCGCGCCUUCUCAAGGACUCCUCCGAGUGAUGCGCACGGAGUAUUCUCACAUCACCUUGCCACAUCUGGACCUUAGCCGAGGUGGCUAUCUCUCGUCGGAAGCAAGUUCUGAUGUGAUCAUGAGCAUCUGGCACACCUCCCUCGCGGAUGGUUCUUCGCAGCUUGAGCUGGAGUACGCAGAACUCAACGGGACGAUCUUCGUGCCCAGAUUCGUGGAAGAUGAAGGUAUCGACAUCGACUUGGGUCCAAGAGAUCAAAGUCUCAAGCCAAUUAUGCAGGCUCUAGGAGACGACAAUCCACGCACUCUCUCUGAACAAGAUCACCGACUUGUUUGGGUUGAUGACGAUAUGUCGGCAUCUCUCGCCUCUGCGGAGGUUGAGAUAAAUGCUGAGUAUCUGGCCGUACAGAAGAGCAGUGCAGAUUCUUCGGAGACCCAAACCUCCGUUAUCUCCACCAUGGCCGUCACGGGCACUAUCACUGCGGCUUCACCGGAAGUCACGUCUGUUAACGUUGGGCAGCGUGUGAUAGCCUUGCAUGCAGGUUCCUGUCAUACCAUGCCUCGGAUUCAAGAGACACUGGUGAGAGUCCUGCCUGACACCAUGCAACCCGAAGAGGCCUGCGAAACUAUUCCUGCUUUAGUUGCAGCGCAGUAUGCGUUGUCUCACGUUGGAAGACUUGAAGAUGGACAGACCGUUCUGAUUCACGGGGGUGAGACGUCCGUUGGUCAGAUGGCUGCCCAUCUUGCACACUUACUGGGAGCGACUGCUUUCAUGACUGCGGAGGGUGCUUCCGAAAGCCGAAACCUGACUCAAGCCCUCUUUCUUGACUCAACGCGCAUUUUCGAAGACAUUUCAGACCAUUGCAAGAAGUCAAUCUUGCGACAGACGGAUGGACGAGGUGUAGACCUCGUCUUAAACUGCCGCCAAGCUCUCCCGACUUCAACAUGGUUCGAAUGCCUGGCAGACUUCGGUUUCUUCAUAGAUAUCAGCGGAAAGAACGCUUCUCAUCCACUCAACACAAGCCCGGCCCGAAAUGCCACAGUCGUUAAGGCCAGCACAUCUCAACUUAUUCAAGCGAAGCCGACACUUGUAAGCAGACUUUUCAAGAGCGCUUGCGAUCUCAUCGAGAGCGGUCAGAUCAGCCCAAUCAUUCCAAGUGUCAAAGGAUCUAUUUCCGAGUUCACCAACUUUGGAGACGCUGGCCCCACAGAGUUUGUUCUUCGACUGGAUUCAGACGACAAGGCCCUUGUUGCCCCAUCAAGGCUCCCUGAACUCAGACUGGACAGUGACGCUACGUACAUCCUUGCCGGUGGUCUCGGCGCUCUCGGCCUUCAGAUUGCUGAAAUGAUGUUCGAGCAUGGCGCCGGUCACGUUGUGCUCCUUUCACGAUCGGGAGGGGACAAGGCCCAGGCUGAGCUCGGCGCCUUCCGCGAGCGAGGGUUGAAAGUGGACGCAUUGAAGUGCGAUGUAUCCGACGCCGCUCAGGUUGAAGCUGCGGUGAGGGCCUUGAUUCAAAGCCAACGUCGCAUCAAGGGCGUUAUCCAGUGCGCCAUGGUUCUAGAGGACGCCAUAUUCGAGAAUAUGACAUACGAUCAGUGGCAGAGGUCAACCCGCCCUAAGAUUCAAGGUACCAUGAACCUUCACAACUACAUGCCGAAAGACGUCGAUUUUUUCAUCCUUCUCUCCUCCAUUACUUGCGUCAUCGGCAAUGCAGCCCAAUCGAACUACGCCGCCGGGAACACUUUUGAGGACGCCUUUGCUCACUACCGCCGAAGCAAAGGUCUCGCUGCCACCGCGAUCGACGUCGGACUCGUAACUGACUCAGCCCACUUUACCGGAGACUUUGAUAUGGACGCCUACCUCCAGAUGUAUGAGCAUCGUUGGGAUGGCCUCCAGACAACCCAAAAGGAGCUCGACACUGUCCUGAGAGCAGCCAUGCGAGGCCGCACCGCCGACGGACGGCAAACCAAGCCCCAGAUUGUUCUCGGUCUCGGAAGCUCCAUGCCGACCGGAGCUGCCUGGACCAGAGAUCCCAAGUUCAGUCAUAGAGUCAACUAUGAUGCAUCAGCUAGCUCUGCUGCCUCGGAAAGCCAGCAGUCAGCCUCAGAAAGUAUAGCAAAAGCCGAGACCUUAGCUGACGCCGCGCUGAUCUUUGAGGAUGUCCUCAAGACAUAUGCUGCGCAAGUCAUGGACAUUGCUCCCAGUGAGGUGGAUCCCGAAAAAGCAUUUUAUGACUUUGGUGGGUUUGAUCUAGUGGACUCCUUGAAAGCCGUAGAGCUUCGCAACAGGAUCUUCCGAGAUCUUCAGUCAGACAUGUCCGUGUUUGAGCUGUUGAGCCCAUCACCGCUGUCCAAGCUGGCGUUGGAAAUUGCGAGUAGCAGCAAGUUGAUGACAAACAUGACAGAAAAGGCCACUGCUCAGUAG